AUGACAGCGAUUAUGAAUGCAUUUUCUAUAGUUCAAUGGAUGAAAAGUUCUGGCCUUGUUUUAAUAACAAAUACUCCUUUUAGAAUUUUAGAAAUUUCAAUAUUCUCUUCAUUCAUGCUUUUCCUUUUCAUGUGGGGAUUUUCUCGAACAAAAUACAGAUUGUUUCCAUUUGCAUCAGCUCUUAUCUCAAUUCCAACAAUAUUUAUCGAACUUUAUUUUGGUUACGUUUUAAUAUACGAUAUAGAUAAAUUUUUCAUCUUAAAUACUCAAGCUUGGGCUGAAGGAUACCAAAGCAAUGAAUUAACAACCCUUCAAAGAAGAUAUAAUUGUUGUGGAUAUUUUUCAUUAACAGAUUUCCCAAAUGUUAACUGCCCAACUACUGCACAGACUCCAUGUAUGCAUAAACUUAAAAAUAUACUUAAAUCUCCAUUGAGUGGCUGUGGAGUGAAUUCUAUUUCGGAUGGAAUAAUUAGAGCACUUGCUGUAAUUGCUUUUUACUUUUCAUAUUCGGAAGAAGAAGAUAUCAAUGCAAUUGAUGACUUGAAUUCUAUUUAA